UGAUGAUGGCAUUACGACUGUUUAUAAUAAGCCUUAUAAUGGCCUUGACUUUAAUCAAGGCCGGUGAAUCGUAUGCCGUGGGCCAAUCCAAAUAUGGCCGCAUUGAGAAAUUCCCCUACCAAGUGAUGCUGAUUGGCAAACAGCUGUGGCGCAAACGUAUACUGUGUGGUGGUACCCUGCUGGAUAACCGUUGGAUUCUAACAGCCGGCCAUUGUACCAUGGGUGUGACCCACUUCGAUGUUUAUAUGGGCACCAAGAGUGUCGAUGAAUCUGUGGAAGCGGGCAAGGUUGUGAUGCGCAGCAACAAAUUCAUUGUCCAUGAACAUUUUAAUCCUCGCACGGCUGCCAAUGAUAUUGCCCUGGUAAAGCUACCCGAAGAUGUGGUAUUUUCAUCGCGUAUUAAGCCCGCCACCUUGCCACACAGCCUGCGCAAUGAUCAAUUUGUGGGUUCACGUGUUGUGGCCACCGGUUGGGGUGCAGCUGGCGAAACUUCCAAUUCGGAUCCCAUGCAGUAUACCGAAUUGAGGGUAAUUUCCAAUGCCGAGUGUGCUGAUGAAUUUGAUGUUAUCACAGAUGGUAUUUUGUGUGCCAAGGGCUUGAAAGAUGAGACAGUGUGCACGGGAGAUUCGGGCGGUCCUUUGGUGCUGAAGGGUAGCCAGGUUGUGGUGGGCAUUACCAGCUUUGGCCCAGCCGAUGGUUGUGAAACAAAUAUACCCGGCGGCUUUACACGUGUUACACAUUAUCUGGAUUGGAUUGAUGCGAAAAUUGGUAACAGUCAUGCAAGUCAACAACAACAACAGCAGAAGCAACAACAACCUAAGCAAAAACAUUUAGAUGAUGGUCGCUAUCAUCCGCAAUAUAAUGUUCAACAUAAAUCGAUGGUCAAUACGCCGAGAGAUCAUCCCAAUAUUGUGUGA